AUGUGGUCCCUCAACGCAACAACUUGCCUCGACGCCGCCCCAUACGAUGACCCCCUUUGCUACCAGUCAUCCUACACUCCUUUUUACUAUUCACACAACAAGCACCUCGUCGAAGGCGUCUCGGACUACUACCUUACUCUUGCCGCUCCAGUCUUAGCCUACUGGUCGUUGUCGUUGUUCUUCCAUUACCUCGACACACGACCCUGGAAAUGGCUCGACAAAUACCGCAUUCACCCCUCUGAAGAGGUCGCCUCCAAAAACCUAGCUUCCCGUUCCUCCGUCGUCAUCGCAGUCGUCUUCCAGCACGUCCUACAAACGCUCCUAGGGCUAUGGUGGUUGGCCGACGACAACAAGACCCUCGUCGACCAUCCAGCGUCAAUACAAAAUAUCGCAAGCCAGAUUAGACCAGUGCUUAGCCUGUUUGGCUUUGCGGAUCCGAUUCGCCUGCUCCAAGUCGCAGAGUUUGUGUAUUGGUGGGCCAUCCCAACCUUCCAGCUCCUCGCUGCCAUGUUCAUCAUCGACACUUGGCAGUACUUCCUCCACCGCGCAAUGCAUGUCAACAAAUUCCUUUACCGACACUUCCACUCGUGGCAUCACAGACUCUACGUCCCCUACGCUUUUGGCGCCCUCUACAACCACCCUAUCGAGGGUUUCGUUCUCGACACCCUUGGAGCUGCAAUGGCCGAAUACCUAACGGGGAUGUCUACGCGGCAGGCUAUGGUCCUGUUCAGUGUCUCGACAUUCAAGACUGUCGACGAUCACUGCGGAUACAACUUCCCUUGGGACCCGCUUCAGUUGGUCACUGGUAAUAAUGCUGACUAUCACGACAUCCAUCACCAGGUCAUCGGCAUCAAGUCCAACUUUGCUCAGCCGUUCUUCGUGCAUUGGGAUACGCUACUUGGUACUCGCAUGACGCGCGAAGAUAUCAAGGCUCGUCGCGAGGGCCGCAAGAACAAGAAGGAGUAG